AUGUUCACAAAAGAUCAAGAGUUUAGAGCUUGGCUUGUUGAAGAAAAAAUGUUGAAUCCGGAGACAGUGCCCGUCUCAAAGAUGAAAGAGCUCUUCCGGGUCUAUAUGGAGGAUUAUAAUACAGCCACCUUACCACACGAAAAGUUUUACGCACUCGAGAAAUAUGAAUCUAAAAUGAAUGCGAUCCGAUCAGGCCAAACAACAACGGGGGAUUUGGGUUACGAUCCCAGAGCUGAUGAAGCAGCACUAGCAGCCCAACAUAAACGUGUAGCCAAGACGGAUGGUGAAGUUUAUAUCGGAAGAGCUCAAUUAGAAGAACUUCGAAAACUUGAAAGGGAUCGAGUUGAAGCGUCGCGAAUGAAGCGCAUGGGAAUGGAAGUGAAGGAAAGUAUGGGAGUUAGAUACGAAAGAGAUUGA